GGGUGUGAUAUGUAUUCGUUAUGCAUGUGUACAGUAUAUAGGACUAAUAAUCUAUAUUUGCAUCGUUUGUUUGUCCUGACUCGCAAGCCCCGCCCACAUGCAAAUUCUAAAUCGCAUAUUCGACCUCGAUGAAAUUGUAUGCGUACAAGUAUGCAAGAAUGACUCUACAUCCAGGAAAGGUUUCCUAUACCUCUAUGUUCAUACUUGAUAUUUAGAGGAACGCAUAACAUCGGCGCCAUUAAGUUGCUGAUUUUGAACAAAACCCCCUCUGUGUGCCCGCGCGCUCCAGCCCCGCCCACUGCCUGUCCCGUGCACGCUCGUGUGUCUGUGAGCGCGCUCGGCUCGAGACACACACGCGCGCGCUUCUCAGCAUCAUCAGCGGACAAAGAAUUCUGCAAUACAAGAGUGAUGUCCUUGAGACAAUUGUAUUAGUGAAUCCAUCUGUGGACAAUAUCGCUGUAGAGAUCAGAACACUCCUCUGUGACUCAGCUAAACACAAGUUAUUGGUCCUAAGCGGUCAGAGCACUGAACAAGGUAGUGACAUCAUCUUGAAAGGUGGCGUGUUUGACUGGAAGAAUUUCUCUGACGUCAUCACAAGUCAAAGAAUCAAGAACUUCCUGAGCCAGUCAGGUCUAGGUGAGCAAGCGUGUCUGACUGUGUGUUGUGAAGGAGAGGGGGCCUGGAGCUCCCUAGGGCUCGACCAGGAGCAGAUCGUGCUGGACUACAGAUUUAACCCUGAUCCUGUGCUGCCUGAGAUGGAGGGUGUUACAGAGUUUACAGAUUACGUCUCUGAGACUGUGGAUAUUGCUUCCCCAUUUGAGCUCCUGGAGCCACCCAGCUCAGGGGGAUUCCUGAAGUUAUCCAAGCCAUGCUGCUACAUCUUUCCUGGAGGCAGAGGUGACUCAGCCCUGUUUGCAGUCAAUGGCUUUAACAUUUUGAUUGAUGGUGGUUCAGACCAAAAGUCUUGCUUCUGGAAACUGGUGCGACACUUGGAUCGGAUAGAUUCUGUUCUGCUUACCCACAUUGGAGCUGACAAUCUCCCUGGGAUAAACGGACUAUUGAGGAGAAAAAUUGCAGAGCAAGAAGAGGACCAUUCUCAAGGCUCAAAUGCCUAUGGAGAAUGGAUGAAAAACCAGAUUUCACCUGAGCUUGGUGUGGUUUUCUUCAACGUUCCAGACAAGCUAAAGAUGUCAGAAUCAACUUUGAAAGUUAAAAGGAGCAUUGAGGAGGCAUCUCUUACGUUGCAGUACCUCAACAAACUGGGUAUCAAACCUGAGCCCCUGUAUCGAGUUGUUAGCAACACAAUCGAGCCGGUCACCCUUUUUCACAAAUUGGGUGUUGGCAAAUUAGAUAUGUACAUUCUAAAUCCAGUCAAGGACAGUAAAGAAAUGCAAUUUUUCAUGCAGAAGUGGGCAGGUAACAGUAAGGCUAAGACUGGCAUCACAUUGGCCAAUGGAAAAGAGGGAGAAAUUUCUGUUCCGUACCUUACAUCAGUAACGGCCCUUGUUGUAUGGGUUCCAGCCAGCAUUACCGACAGGAUAGUGAGGGUAUUGUUUCCUGGAAAUGCACCACAGAACAAAAUUUUUGAGGGACUGGAAAAGCUAAGGCAUCUUGACUUCUUGCGUUAUCCAGUUGCUACUCAAAAAGACAUAUCAUCUGGAGGGCCCCCUUCAGUGAUGAAACAAACAAAACUUAAGCCAAGGACUGAUAGCAAGGAAAGCCUCAAGUCUUCACCCAAAAUACUUGCCACUACUAAAGCAAGCAAGAAAGAAGCAAAUGAGGACAUUGAAUCAAAAAGCGACUCAGUAAAAGAGACUAAACUGGAAAAGAAGCCAAAAAAAUUGCAAGAGAGUGUUAAACCUCCUAAACCUGUGAAAGCCAGUGCAGAUACCGCUGAUACAGCAAAGCAAGAGAAAAAGAAGUUGUUAAGAGAGAAAUCUCCUAAGAAACAUGUCAAGACAUCUAAAAUGGAGGAAAAGAAGGAUAAAGAAAAGAAACAGAUAAAGAAAGAAAAGAAAGAAAUAAAAAAGCAAGAAUCUGUCAAGAAAGAUGACAAUAAGGAAUCCAAAAUUAAGGAAGAAAAGAAGACAGAUUCAAGUAAGCCAGAAUUAAGGAAGAUCACCAAGCCUGACUUAAAACCCUUCACCCCUGAAGUCAAAAAGACUCUUAACAAAGCAAAGGUUCAAACCAAACCAAAGACAGAAAAAACAAAAGCAAUCAAAGAGCGAGAGAACAGACCUGCUGUGCAGAAAGUUUCAAAAGAGAUACAGGAAAAUGACAGAUCCCUGGUCUCCUCCCCAGAAGAUCUUACCAAGGACUUUGAAGCACUGAGACAAGAAGAACUUUCUGAGCUUGCAGAAAACAAAGUGCUUUCAAAUCUUGAAUCUGCAACUUUUCCUGACACAACAGUCACACAUAUUUUGUCUCCAGAUGAAGGAAUACCCACUACUGACAAUGAGACUGAAUCCCCUCAUGAGGAAAAACACAUGUAUGGAGAAAAGACAAACAAAUCCCUUACAAAAACAGCAGACAAAUUUGAGGAUGAAGGUGCUGCUACAGAAGAUGAUUAUGAGGAAGAAUACAACUCUGAGACCAAAGUAACUAAAACUUCAGAUCUCACAGGGAAGACAGAUGACAAAAAAUGCCUGGACAUAAAGACGAAUGAAAAUCUUGAAAAGAAACAUAAAAAGAGUGACAGUGAGGAGGAAGAGGAUGUUAUUGAAAAAGCUGAGCUGGAGGAAGCAGAGGAUGUACUUCAUGAGGAAGAGUUGAAAUAUAAGACAGAGGAGGCAAAAAAAGAAAAUAUUAGUAAAGAUUGGGACACCAAACAAAUUGACACUAAAAUGAUCAAACCUGCUGUUGCUGCUGCUGCCACUGAACACAUCUCGUUCAUCCAAGAUGAAACCAUCCCUGGAUAUUCAGAGACUGAACAGACCAUUUCUGAUGAGGAGAUCCAUGAAGAGACGGAGGACAGGGUCCCUCAUCUCCGCUAUGAUGAUGUCUCUGUCCCUGAUCAACCCGACUCUUUCUUCCAUGGCAUGAAAGACAUAAAACCCCCAAUCAUAUCUAUUGCACCUGAUUUAACAGCAAAGAUGAGCAGUGUUGGCCAAGAGCCACCUUUAUCUACAUAUUCCACGAAUAUCAUUGCAGCACCAUUGGCUGAGGAAGAACAUAUAUCGUCAGCAACCUCCAUUACGGAGUAUGAUAAAUUAUCCUCUUUUGCAGCAUCGGUUACUGAAGAUCAGUCUAUUGCAUCUGUGACAGCACCUCCAACUGAGGAACUAGGAAAAAACUCUUUACUCCUUGACAAUGUGAACAGUACGCAAUCAUCCAGUCGUACAGAAGGAAAAGAAUACCUGCAUUCAGCUGGCACAAUCUCCCCAACAUCAUCUUUAGAAGAAGACAAAUGUUUCAAGUCACCUCCAUCAGAAGAGUACCAACCCACCAUUCCAGAGAUGGAAACUACUGGAAAGACCACCACUCAACCACAUGAAGAUGAUGAUGAGGAUGAAGAAGAGGAAGACGACCAGACACCCAAUGUUGACAUGCCUCUUGGAAAACUCCAUGAAAGUUACGCAUCUGCCACAGUGAAGGAACAGCUUGAUAAAUGCCCCUCUUCAGUGGUACCUCUUUCCUCAACUGGAACACCUUCUGUCUCACAAGAAAAGGAUGAAAAAGUCCUUUCUCCAGCUGAGCCCAAAACAGAAAGUGCUGGGAAAGCACCUUCUUUUGCACCCUGUGUCUCCAGCACGCCAGAGCUGAGUGGUGCUUCAGAACCAUCAGAGAGAUGCGUAAGUCCAGACGAUAGCACAAUGAGAAUGGCCUCACCUACACAGUCAGGCCCUACUAGCAUUGGCUAUUCGCCUACCGAGGAAAAGGCACCAAAGUCUUUAAUCAUGGAGAAAGAGGACAGAAUGGACAAGGACACAUAUGACGUUCAAUUGUUAUCUAAACAUGAAACAGUUGUAGACAGUGAUGCAAACAAAAAGACUGUUAAGCUAAUGGAGGAUGAAAGUGACCUAUUCAAAGGUGGUUUCUCUAGCACAAGGGCAACAUUUGAUGAUUCAGCUGAAGAAGAAGCUGAUGUUGAUGAAGAGGAAGUAGUAGUAGAAGAAGAAUAUUUUGGAAAGGGAGAGUUUCUGACCUGCAUUAAAACAAAAUACAAAGAAGAGAGGGAGAGUACAUUCCUUGAUGAAGAUGACACUUGUGAGCCACAAGCUUUAAAAGAGGAAAAGCUCAUUAAAAAUGAGAAAGAGGAAGCAGAUAAGAAAGAUAAACCACAAGACAUCACCUACUUGGAGAAAGAACACAAAUCCCAGAUGCUGAGCUCUGAAGAGGAGGAAGAGAGUGACGAUGAAGAAUGCACUUACUCAAGCAUAAAAGCACCUCAGGACAAGUUUGAUUCAGUGUCCGCAGCCUACAGCAAAAAAGAUGUGUCAUCCUCAGAGACAGAUGACGCCACAGUGACCUCCAAAAAUGGCGAUAAAAGUGUACAGUUCAACUUGUACUCCUUCCCUCAGUCUGAAAAGGAUCUUAAAGAAGACCAUAUGAGAGAAAUAAGGCAGGAUACACCUUAUGUAGGGAAGAGUUUUACAUAUUCUGAUGUAUAUGACAGUAAAUCUAGUUCAGUGGAUUCAUACUCUCCUAAUUUACCGAAAGACUGCACUGAUAAGUCUGAUGAUCGUAAUGACACCCUCAAGGAAACAGAGAAAAAAGAUUCCAUAUAUACCUUCAUGGAAACUACAAAGAUGCCAGAUUUUGAGAAAUCUCACCUAAAGGAUGCAUCAUCAUCAUCAUACAGUGAAACCAAAACAUGCAUGGAAUCGAACGCUGGACACAUUUUAGAUGAAAAGUCUACAGACAUAUUAACUGACGUUAAACCAGAGGCCAAGAAAUCAUCACAGUCAUUCUCACCAGAAAGAGACCUAUUUUCUGUUCAAUUUGAUAAGUCUACUGUUAGCGGCAAGACAGAAGUAGAUAAUACCCCAUCAAGUGAUUCUCAAGAUGACAUUGACACUUCUGGCUAUUUGGCUGCAAAAAGCAACACUUCUUAUUCAGCUCAGUCUUUCAGUGAGGUGACAAGAGACAGUGCAUUAGACAUGAAGAUGUUAGCACAUGGAGAGGAUGAUGAUGACGAUGACGAUGAUGAAGAAGAUACUGAUGAAGAAGAUGAUGAUGAUGAUGUUUACAGGAGACGUGUCAGUGACAAUGCCAUAGAAAAAGAUGCUAAAGACGGACCAACAAAAGAAUUAAGCUCGUUAUGUGGUGCCACCAGCAUAGUGCCACCCGAAUUCAAAGAGGAAAAGAAGGACACCUCACAAGACUAUAGUUUUGGCUCUGUCACCUAUGGCACACCCCCCAUUCCUACUCCUUUUGAACCGACAAAGAGUCAAAACCAUGCAGAGCAACCUUUUGAAAUGGGUAAAAAGGAAGCAUCAUCACCACUCUCUGGUAGCCAAAUGACAGAAUAUUCUGGAUAUGGAUAUUCUUAUGGUGAAGUGAAAAAGUCUAUCCCAUCCAGUCAUUUAGACAACAAAGAUGAUAGCUAUGGUCAGUCUUUCUUACCUCUGUCCACAAAACCAAGUGAAGACAAAUAUUACCAUGAUGACAAAGACCUUGAGUUUGAAAAGCAAAAAACACCAGAUAUUUUAGCAAAAAAAUCUGGAGACUCUGUCUCACCAGGCUUCAGUUAUACAACGACAUCAGCCACAGCAUACUCCUCCUCUUCCUCCUACAGUCACUCUUCCUCUGCAUCUGCCUCUCUCUCCACUAGUCGCCAGUUUGGAGAUGAGCUAGGAACUCCUGCCAGUGUUGGAUAUGAGUAUUCACCCUUUAAAGAUGAGCACUCACCUGUAAUAGAUUCACCAUUCUCCAGUUCUGGUGGGCUGGUUAAAGAUGAGUAUUUGGAGGUGUCAGAGAAGAUGACUCCUGCUACCACCACAGCUGAGUCCAUGUCCAGCCUAGCAAGGUUUUCACCAUUAUCACCUUUCGAGGAGAUCAAGUCCCUACCUUCUCAUCCACUUACCUCUUCAGUGGAUAAAAGAGAAGAACUUGCCAGCUCUGCAAGUGGUGCUUUGGACAAGGGCCACCAGGGUGCAUGCUUUUACAAGCCAGAAUGGAAGGCAGAUACAGGUUUGCAAGCUGAAUAUGGUGCUACCGGACCUUACAAUCUCCCUUCCCAGCCUGCUGAGAAAGACACUAUGAAAAAAGAUAUGUUUGGUGCUUCCUCAACACCUUGUUCUGAUUUACUCGAGAAACAAUAUUAUGAAGACACUGAGAGUAGUGAGGAGGAAGAAGACAUUUGUGAGUCUGAACGGGUCAACCUACACUAUCAAAGAUCUCCAUUUACAGCUGAAGCAGACAAGAAAGAUGAUCCUUUUUCUGAGACUGAAAAACUGUUUUCUGCCAGUAAGGUAGGCACAUUUCCCGAUGUGCUUACGUACACUUCUUCAGUACCACAGACUACAAAACCAGAUACUGCAAAUGGUCCUGCAGAGGUCACAAUGGCAGCACCAGAGGCCUUUGCUGACACCAGCAGAGUCACAUAUAGCCUAUCAAAAACUGAAGUGAAAAGUGAGCAAUUUGAAGCCUGCAAAAUAAGGAACCCAUUUGAAUGGGAGAUGCAGCAGCAAAGAGGUGUCUACCCAGGAGAAUCACCACCUCAUUAUCGUCAUGAGGAUGAGUAUGAGGAAGAAGAGGAAAGGGAGCCUGAGCAUCCACCUCGUCCUCUUUCCCUUUCAUCUGCAGAGCAGUCUUUCCCAUCCUCCUACUAUAAAGAAGAUCCAAACAGGCAUGAUAACUUAGAUCAUCCUUCUGAAAAAUAUAUGGGUGCCAGCUCCUUCUCCUCUUCCCCAGGUUACUCUUCCUCUGAGUACAAACAGAGAAAGGGAGACACUUCCCCAUCAUUUAUCAAUCCAAGCAUUUGCCAGCUGUCCAGUGAUGAGGAAGAUGAGGAACAAAGAAGCCAGGACGCAGAUCAGCAGCAGCCAUCAGGCAAGAAACGAACCCACAACCAGCCCCAGCACGGUUCCUACAGAGAGGACAGUGAAUCACAGCGCCUUUCUGGAGCCAUGGCUGCAGGUACUGGCCUAGCUGGGGAGGACACACCUCCAACCUCUGUCAGUGAAUCUCUCCCCUCACAGACAGAUUCUGAUGUCCCACCAGGAACAGAGGAGUGUCCCUCCAUCACAGCAGAAGCCAAUGCAGAAUCUGAUGAGGAUGCAGAUUAUCUCCCUGUGGACAAAUCAUCUGGAGCCUAUGGUGGAAAGCACUUCUCAUCCCGGUCAGAGAAAAGUCAUGAUCCACUGCCUACACCGAUAAUGGAUCCAGCCCCUUGCCCACCUCGUCCUGAUGUCUGCAUGGUAGACCCAGAUGCUCUCUCCAGCCUUACUGACAAACCUUUAAAGAAAGACCCAAAAACAAAGAGCCUUCGCAAAGCAAGUAAGUCAAGGUCACCGGCUAGGAAAGCCGAUGCCAUUCGUAAGAGGUCUCCAUCAAAGGAUUCCUCUCCUCGUACCACUUCUCUGAAGAAGAAGGACUUAGAGGAUGAUCUGUCCAAGUCAAGUCACAACACAGGCAAGGGCCUUGUCAAUGGAAUUAAAACAGUUUCAGGAUCAAACACUGCAAAAUCCAGUUCUGCUGCACCCUCUGGCUCUCCAAUCUUUGUGGACUUGGCCUACAUUCCAAACCACUGCAGUGCUAAAAAUGUCGAGCAGGAGUUCUUCAAACGUGUGCGCUCUGCCUAUUAUGUAGUGAGUGGGAAUGACUCCAGCAGUGGAGAGCCUAGCCGUGUUGUCCUGGAUGCACUGCUGGAGGGAAAAGCACAGUGGGGGUCUAAUCUACAGGUGACGUUGAUCCCUACCCAUGACACAGAAGUGAUGAGGGAGUGGUACCAACAGACCCAUGAGAAGCAACAGGAGCUGAAUAUCAUGGUGCUGGCCAGCAGCAGCACAGUUGUGAUGCAGGAUGAGUCAUUCCCUGCUUGUAAGAUUGAGUUCUAAGUCUGAUAUGGCUCCCAGGUUCACACUUUUACACUUAAAUGAUCCUUUAUCGCCUUAUUUGUCAUUUCUUCAGUGUAACAAAUUCCCUUUCAGAACAUUGUGCAAAGUCAUUCAGUAGCCACUAUCUCUCCAAAAACGGUUAUGGCUCUCGCAACAUUCCUUAACCUGAACGAGCAUGGUAUUAUCCAGAAAAACUUUAGGAGGAUGUGCCUUUAAUAUUUACAUUAUUUAUUUAUUUAUUAAUUAUUAUUAUUAUUUGUUACAAUUUUCAUUGUUGUUGAAUGAUGCAGUUACAAUAAGAUUAAAACCAUCUUUUGAUCAGUUUUAUUUACCAAGGCGCACACAGGUCAUUUAGAGCUCAUUUGGAGUUUCUCCCAUUUUAUUCUCAUAUAAUUUAUGCAUAUAUCAUUCUUCUGCACGCAACCUACAUAUAUGCUGUCUGUUCUCUCGCUCAUACAUACAUACAUACUACACAGGAAAUCAUGUAUUAAUCAAGUAAUCAAUUCUUCAGAAGCUACCUACAUGCUGGAAUCUAUACUUACAGUUUGCAGAAUAUUUACUGGCAUCAUGAUCAUGUUUAUUCUGUUGCCAUGGUCAGAAAACAAACAACGAAACGACUAAGGGUUUUCUAACGAAUAGCACCACAACGCGCCGACGUAUUACAGUGUAAAAACUGUUCAAUUGUAAACAUGUUUAAUGUGUCUGCCUCAAAACCUUUAAUCAGAUCGAGAGGACAAACCUCACAAACCAUGAUGGAAUUGCAUAAUAUAUGAGACAAGUUUGAGCUGAUGUUAUUCUCUAUCUUAAUGUAAAAGUGAAGAAUUAGGAUUAGGCGUAGGAUUAAGUCAACGUUUACUGAUGAACAUUCAUUUUUGUGCUGUAUGCGGUGUAUGCUGUCACAGUUGAUCAUAAUUUAUAAUAAAUUUAAAAAAUAGACCUGUAAUUAUUAUUACAUUUCCAACUCGCAGAUUAAUCUCAUGAAAUGUAUCAGCACUUUAUAAUGAUUUAUUUUGUUUUAUUUUAUUUAAUGCUUUGUAAAUAUAGAAAAGUUGACAGAGGUGGGAAAAGAAUGAGUCUAAGCCAAAGGAACUAGUAAUAGAAAAAGACUGUGAAUGUUGAAUUGUAGGAGCAUUGUAGUCUAUGGUAUGCUGAAGAGGGUGUGGAUGGUAUAAACUUGGAUAAGGUUACAUGUUUGCUGCACAAGUGUGGGUGGAAUUAAUGACUAGGAAUAACUGGCAUAUUUUCCCAGGAUUUAAAAUAGGUCCAGGAUUGCAUUUAGUUUGGGAUAUUAAUAAGCAUACUGUGGCCUCCACUAGGGAUAAAACAAUUUUUGUUAUUAGAAUAAUGAUUUAUUUAUACAUAUCUUCAUUACUUUGUCUUAACCUUAUAAAAUAUUGCCCCUACAUUACACCUCAGCCAAAUAGUUAUUUAAAUAUUUUAAAAUCUCUGUAUGUCUAGAUCCAAAAGCAUUUAGGCUUGCUUUUUUUUUUUUUUUUUUUUUAAUUUUUAUACAAGUGUUUUAAGUUAAGUUAAAAAAUAUAGCUUCAUGUUGAGUGGAAGUAGAGGAUUCCAUUUUCUUGAUAAAAUUAACGAUUUAUGAAUUGUUUGCAUGUGUAAUAAUGAGAGUCAGUAGAAGAAAUUAAAAAUGGCCGAUGAACAUAUUUUGAAGAUAUGUGUUAAAGGUUUAAGUGUGUUAAAGGUCUGUCUCAAGCAGUUAAAAUAACUGGGAUGCAAUUCAACAUAUUAUCAUUUUUACUCAUUAUAUACACAUAAAAAAAAAAAAACAUUAAAAAUACCAGGUAAAUUCGCCUGUCUGUGUAUUAAGUGAAAUGCCUUGGAAAAUAAUUUUUAUUAUAAGUUGAAAGUAAUCAGUGAGCCUGGUUAAUUUGCAAGAGCCAAUUAUGCAUUGUUUUAUUAUUAUUUUUUUUAUUAUUAUUAUUUUUAAAUAGAUAAAUUAUUGGUUUACUGGAUAGUACAGUGGAGCGUGGCCAGCUGUUUUCUGAAAAUGUAUUUGGUUAAUGUUUACAACCAAUUGUAACCUUUUAGCUGCUGGUUAUAUUUAAGUGCUAAGAGGACGCUUCCUCGCUAACAGACUGUCAACAUGGACUUAAACUAAUUGGUUCAAUGUACAAAGACAAUAAAUGUUAAGCAAACACAAUGCUAUCGUGUACCUGACUGCCAGAUCAUGUGACCAGAUCACUGAUCGUAUUUUAUAUUCAAGGUAUUAAAGUGAAAUGUCCAUUUUUCCGUGAGUAAACAAAGAAAUUAAUGAACAAAACAGUAAGAUACACAAAACAGAACUCAUCAAUGUGCUGUGCAAAAAAAAUAACAAAACCCUC